UCCCGGGGCGCAGCCAGCGCAGGUCUGCAACCGGAGCAGUGCACGCAGCAGCGGAGAGCGGCUCCGAGUCCGCACCUGGGAGUCGAGCCCGGACGCAACGCGCCCGCAGUGCCCGCUGCGCCCCGGCUGGCAUGGGGAGGCCCGGCUGAGCGCCGAACCCCACCGCCCAGACCCGCCCGCUCUUCAACAGCGGCUCUCGCGCGCACGGGCGAUGGCGAAAGCGACGUCCGGCGCCCCAGGGCUGGGGCUGAAGCUGUUUUUGCUGCUGCCGCUGCUGGGCGAAGCCCCACUGGGCCUCUACUUCUCAAGGGAUGCUUACUGGGAGAGGCUGUAUGUAGACCAGCCAGCUGGCACACCUCUGCUCUACGUCCAUGCCCUACGGGAUAGUCCUGAAGAAGUGCCCAGCUUCCGCCUGGGCCAGCAUCUCUAUAGCGCCUACCGCACACGGCUGCAUGAGAAUGACUGGAUCCGCAUCCAUGAGGACACUGGCCUUCUCUACCUCAACCAGAGCCUGGACCACAGUUCCUGGGAGCAGCUCAGCAUUCGCAAUGGUGGCUUCCCGUUGCUCACCAUCUUCCUCCAGGUUUUCCUGGGGUCCGCAACCCAGCGAGAGGGUGAAUGCCACUGGCCAGGCUGUGCCCGCGUGUACUUCUCUUUCAUGAAUGACUCCUUCCCAGCAUGUGGCUCCCUCAAACCCCAGGACCUCUGCAUCCCAGAAACAGGCCUGUCAUUCCGCAUCAGGGAGAACAGGCCCCCUGGCACCUUCUACCGGUUUCAGCUCUUGCCUGUGCAGUCCCUUUGCCCGAACAUCAGUGUGGCCUACAGGCUCUUGGAAAGGGAGAGUCUGCCCUUCCAUUGCGACCCCGACAGCCUGGAAGUGAGCACACUCUGGGCCCUGGACCGGGAGCUUCAGGAAAAGUACGUGCUGGAGGCCGAGUGCAUAGUGGGCUCUGGUGACCAUGAAGAAAAGGUGGCCAUGUCCUUGCCAGUGACCGUAUAUGAUGAGGACGACUCGGCUCCCACCUUCCCCGGAGGCGUGGACACUGCCAGUGCCGUGGUGGAGUUUAAACGGAAGGAGGGCACUGUCCUGGCCACUCUGCACGUGUUUGAUGCAGAUGUGGUGCCAGCAUCUGGGGAGCUGGUGAGGCGGUACACAAGCACUCUGCUCUCGGGGGACUCCUGGGCCCAGCAGAACUUCCGGGUGGAGCACUCACCCAACGAGACCUUGGCCCAGGCCAACAACAACUCUGUGCGGGCCACCAUGCAUGAUUACAAGCUGGUCCUCAAUCGGAGCCUCCCCAUCUCAGAGAGCCGAGUCUUGCAGCUGGUGGUCAUGGUCAAUGACUCUGACUUCCAGGGGCCUGGGACAGGUGUCCUCUUCCUCCAUUUCAACGUGUCUGUGCUGCCUGUCACCCUGAGUCUACCCAGUGACUACUUCUUCCCAGUGAAUAGGAGGGCCCACCGUUAUGCCCAGAUUGGGAAAGUCUGUGUGGAUAACGGCCAGGAGUUUAGCGGCAUUUCCAUCCAGUACAAGCUGCAACCCUCCAGCACCAACUGCAGCGCGCUGGGUGUGGUCACCUCAGCUGAGGACACCUCGGGGACCCUGUUUGUAAAUGACACAGAGGCCCUGCAGCGACCCGAAUGUACCGAGCUCCAGUACACGGUGGUAGCCACUGACCGGACGACCCGCCAGCAGGCCCAGGCUUCGCUGCUUGUCACAGUGGAGGGGAUAUUCGUUGCUGAAGAAGUGGACUGUCCUAAGUCCUGCGCAGUCAACAAGAGACGACCUGAGUGUGAGGAGUGUGGUGGCCUGGGAUCUCCAACAGGCAGAUGCGAAUGGCGCCAGGGAGAUGGUAAAGGGAUCACCAGGAACUUCUCUACCUGCACCCCCAACACCAGGACCUGUCCUGAUGGCCACUGUGACGCCGUGGAGAGCCGGGAUAGCAACAUUUGUCCCCAGGACUGUCUCCGUGGCAGCAUCGUUGGGGGGCACGAGCCAGGGGAGCGUCGGGGGAUUAAAGCUGGCUAUGGUACCUGCUACUGCUUCCCGGAUGAGAAGAAGUGCUUCUGUGAGCCAGAGGACAGCCAGGGCCCGCUGUGCGACGAGCUGUGCCGCACAGUGAUCACAGCCGCCGUAUUCUUCUCCUUCAUCAUUUCGGUCCUGCUGUCCACGUUCUGCAUCCACCGCUACCACAAGCAUGCGCACAAGCCACCCAUUGCUUCCGCGGAAAUGACCUUCUGCCGGCCAGCUCAGGGCUUCCCGAUCAGCUACUCCUCCUCGGGCACCCGACGGCCUUCGCUGGAUUCCAUGGAGAACCAGGUCUCCGUGGACUCUUUCAAGAUCCCGGAGGAUCCGAAGUGGGAAUUCCCCCGGAAGAGCUUGGUUCUUGGGAAGACCCUGGGAGAAGGAGAGUUCGGAAAAGUGGUCAAGGCGACAGCCUUCCGUCUCAAAGGCCGGGCAGGAUACACCACAGUGGCCGUGAAGAUGCUGAAAGAAAACGCCUCCCAGAGUGAGUUACGAGACCUUUUGUCAGAGUUCAACCUCUUGAAGCAAGUCAACCACCCCCAUGUCAUCAAGCUGUAUGGGGCCUGCAGCCAAGACGGGCCACUUCUUCUCAUUGUGGAGUAUGCCAAGUAUGGCUCCCUGCGGGGAUUCCUCCGUGACAGCCGCAAGAUUGGGCCUGGCUAUGUGGGCAGUGGAGGCAGCCGCAAUUCCAGCUCCCUAGACCACCCGGACGAACGGGUACUGACCAUGGGUGACCUCAUCUCCUUUGCCUGGCAGAUCUCAAGGGGUAUGCAGUACUUGGCUGAGAUGAAGCUUGUACAUCGGGAUUUAGCUGCCAGGAACAUCUUGGUGGCGGAAGGACGGAAGAUGAAGAUUUCCGACUUUGGCCUGUCCCGAGAUGUUUACGAAGAAGAUUCCUAUGUGAAGAAAAGCAAGGGCCGGAUUCCCGUCAAAUGGAUGGCAAUCGAGUCCCUCUUUGAUCACGUCUAUACCACUCAAAGCGAUGUGUGGUCCUUUGGGGUACUGCUAUGGGAGAUUGUGACCCUGGGGGGCAACCCCUACCCUGGAAUUCCUCCUGAGCGACUCUUCAACCUUCUGAAGACAGGCCACAGAAUGGAGAGGCCAGACAACUGCAGCGAGGAAAUGUACCGCCUGAUGCUGCAGUGCUGGAAGCAGGAGCCGGACAAGAGGCCAGUGUUUGCUGACAUCAGUAAGGAUCUGGAGAAGAUGAUGAUGAAGAGCAGAGACUACUUGGACCUGGCAGCAUCCACCCCGUCUGACUCUCUGCUUUACGAUGACGGCCUCUCAGAAGAGGAGACGCCCCUGGUGGACUGUAACAGUGCUCCCCUCCCGCGCUCCCUCCCUUCUACAUGGAUUGAAAACAAACUCUAUGGCAUGUCAGACCCGAACUGGCCUGGAGAGAGUCCUGUACCACUCACGAGAGCCGAUGGCACUAGCACUGGGUUCCCAAGAUAUGCAAAUGAUAGUGUAUAUGCUAACUGGAUGGUUUCACCCUCAGCGGCAAAAUUAAUGGACACAUUUGAUAGCUAACAUUCCUUUGUGAACGGUAACGGACUCCCAAGGGGGAAGAAACAUGCCAAGAGCACCAAGUCCACCGGCCUCUUUGUGCACAUCACACUGGCCAAGACCAGCCCCAGGUGGCAGACUUGUUUUCUGUAGUUUGUUUUAGCUGGUUUCCAAAGUGGUUUUACUUGGAGUAGCCGGUGGUCCUCCCUCCUAGCACACCUGCCCCACUGGCUGGGUGUCCGGGGCUCUGGGUAGAUCCCCUUUCCCUUUUGGUCUGUUCUUCAGUAGACACCCACGAGCUCUGUGUUCACGUGUGUGGAGUCUGCCAUUCACAACUUGUAUGAGAAGUUGUACCUGAGCUGUUUGGUUUUUUCUGGUGGGUAAAAACCUACCACAUACACAGAAAAAAUGUUUUACCAUGAAGCACACAUUCAAACAACAACAUCAGUUGAAUCAAGAGGCCAGGAUGACCUGUCCUUGUUUAGAAUGAGAGAGAGAGAGAGCCCGGUAAGGAUCUCGGUGAAAGCGUCAGAGUCCGCCAGGGCUGGGAGGGAGAAGGGACCUCAGGGCAGUAUAUGACAUCCUGAAUAUAGGUUUUUGGUUGUUGUUUUUUUUUUAAGCAUAUAACUUUUUUUAGGAAAAUGUUUUGUUUCCGUCAUGGUUAAAUGACUUAGAUUUAGCACAAUGGAGGGAUUCGGUGCUGUCCUUGCUGUGUUCGAGGCAAGCUUGAGAGAAGUGGCCCCACAGGACUGACUUUCCCUUGAGCCCUCUGCAUUAUUAUCACGCAUUCAGCACUGAGUGACUACCACCAACUGACCAGAACAGGAUGAAGACAAGGGGGCGUUUGGAGCAAAGUGUCCUUCAGGCCCAGAAUUGCAGAGGCUUUGAGCCAGAAACGCUGCCCCCCCCCCCCCCGGCACACCAUCCUGCAGUAUAUCCCACCACCAAAGAGUGCGCUUGUCUCGGCAUUGGGGCAGGUGGGUUUGUCUCGAUGUGAUUGGUAUCCUGUCAAUGCCCAAAGGGAAGAACAGUCCAGCUAGUUGUAAGAAGUUGCCCUGGUAAGGACUGAGGAGAGAGCGAGGUUUUGGCUCUUAUAGAGCUGGUGUGGAAGGCUCGUGUGUCAGCUCUUCCUGUCCGUCAUGGCACGUGUUUUGGUUUCUUCAGUUCUCACCAUGACUCACGUGGAAGGUUCUUAUCUUUCUGUACUGAUGGUUUGUAGCCACGGACACUCCACCCUCCCGCAGGGUUUCAGGGGUGGCUCUUAGAAGUCUCCGCAGCCCUUUCGGCUAUCUCUGGACUGUCAGUUCCCAGGAAAGGGUUAUAUCACCAAAACACUGCCUGGGCUUCAGACUUAAAGCACUGUGAUAGGACUUUCAAAUAAUCCUAGGAAAACACUAGUUUAUGGGCAUUUCGCAAACACCAUAAAGUUGUGACGUUUUAUGUGGCUGAGAAUGCUCAGAUAAGUAUACCAGAUAGAGCCUUAGGAGUGUAAUAUUUGUGUGGACACACAACCAGGCCAGACAGGAAGAUGAAAAAAUACUUAGGCAUAUAAUAUGGCUUUAGUUUGGGCCAUCUCUUUUUUCAGAUACACUGUGAUAAGUUUUAACUGUCUGUAGUCAUGGGGCCCUUUUUGUUUUUCAGAUUGCUUAAUGAUAGUUUUAUUACAUACAAAAAUAAGGAUAAACUCAGAUUAUUCAACAUGCCUACAUAGUAAGUGCCAAUUGCUACAGCAGGUUGGCUCUCAUAGGCUGAGAGCUCCAAAUCUGAAUAGCUGGCCCAUCUGUGGGGAGUUAACAAUAACCACUGGUCUGUCUGUUCCAGAGAUAGAAAAGUACCUAUUCUUGUUAAAGUACCCAUUCUUGUUAGCACUAUCAGACAGAUUUUCAUCUAUAUAUAUGCAGAAGUUACCACAUAUUAAAUGUUACUGAAUAUUAAGUAGCAAUCUGUCAGCUAUUAAAAUUUGUAAGAUUCAUUAUAGAAAAGCUAUUAAACCAUACCGUGUUGGUUUGUUUUUGUAAUCAAGGUGACUAAGGAAAUACUUUCAGUUGUGUAAAU